CAGAACAUCACUUUCCAUCUACAUGCACCCAUGCACCUUCUACCAUGACUGUGACCUCCAAUCUACGUGACUGCAAGGCGUAUGUGAGAUGGCGACCAUUGCCUCCAUCCGAAACCACAGUUGGAGAGAUCCAGCGCCAAAACAUCAAGCACGGUAACCACACCUAUUCAAUUCAAGUGGAAUCUCAUGAGUCACACCCUGGCCGACCACCCACCUGGAAGAGCACCGCCUCCCUCAGCAACAUCUUCACCAGCGAGACCAACAACAAAGCCGUCUUCGAGACCGUCGUCCAAUCAACCCUCCCCGCCGUCCUCGACGGCGCAGUAUGCAAUUUCUUCGCAUAUGGACAUUCCGGCUCCGGCAAAACCCACACCAUCAUCGGCUACGAUUAUGAAAAUGUUGAGAAUCUGGGCAUAUGUCUGUCAACGGCGAACCAACUCUUUCAAGCUCUUGAUGACUUGAACAACGAUACCACCGAUCGAGAUCCAAACCGCCUCGGCAUCGGCCUCCGCCUGUAUGAAAUGCGACGAAAAUCCGCCUUCGAUCUCCUCAACAACCACAACGAAUGCUUCGUGCGCGAAGGCGACGACGGACGCACCCACAUCCGCGGCGAGACCGAAACCCUCGAGGGAGGAAAAGUCCGUGUCCGGCCUAUCGUGACACGACCAUGUUGGAAUUUCGAACAACUACGUCAAGAGCUUCUAGCUGGUCUCCAACUCCGAGCUACAGGCUCUUCCACGAUCCAUGACCAGAGCUCCAGAACUCACGCGAUUGUGGAGUUGGAAAUCAUUAAUUCGGCAUUACUCGAGGCACGGGAUGCCGUUAUCGAGAGACAAUCUGAACUUGUCCCCGUGGGUAAAGAGGCUACGCGUGUCUACAUCGAGGAAUCGUAUAAAUCUAUCAUGCAGGAUGAUAAUGGGAAAUGGAUUCCUAAUCCGGAUCGACCGAUAAAUCAGGCGGUUAUUGAUGAGGCGGAGAAACUCAAGGAUGAGUUUCAAGCUCGUGUCGACCAGGCAGAACUACAUGUGGCCACUGUGUUGAAUACCUCCAAACAUUCAUGUCUCGGUGGUCGAUAUGUCUUUGUCGAUUUAGCUGGAGCGGAGUUCUUCACCUCCGAGGGAACUCAGACGGUCCGCGGCAAGUCUUCUACCAGCACAGCACAGGAUCGUCAAGAAAGUCGACAAAUCAACGCCGAUUUGUUUGCUCUCAAAGAAGUCAUUCGAGCGCGAGCAUUGCGUCAACCACGUAUCCCAUUCCGAUCCUCGACGCUGACUAUGGCUUUGAGAGAACACUUUGUGCAGUCUGACCGUGGGUAUUCUGCCAUGAUUCUCACUGUUUCGCCGGCGGCUGAUCAGUAUGCUGCAACGGUUAAUACUCUCAAGUAUGGGACUUUGGUUGGUUCUGCUGGUGCUGGUGCUGGUGCUGGUGCUGCUGCUCCUGCUAAGAAAUUGAAGACUUGAUCAAGAGAAAGUCUGGUCCUCGUUACGAAUCUGGUCUAGAAUCAUUGAGAGAGAGAAGACUGCCGUACAUAGAUACAUAGAAUAGUGAUUACUAUACUCAUCUGUACUUGACUGA